CCGAGGUGGGACGUGCGGGGGGGGGAGGUUGUGCGGGCUGGGCUGCUCCGGGAAAGGCGCCCCCUCCCCCCUUGGUCGCCUCCCCAGUUGCCAGCCCUUCGCUCCUUUGCUCGGUUUCCCCCCUUCCGGGAUAGCCGGUCAGGCAGAAGCCCCUUCGGCGGAGGCGAACGGAGAGCAGCGCCGAGGGGUUCGGGCUGAGGGGCGUCGGGCCUCCGAAGCCUUUCCGGCCUCCCGGGGGCGGCGGAGCAGCCGGGCCCAUGGCGGACGACGGGCGCGACUACGGCUUGACGGAAGCGCAGCAAGCGGUCAAAGGCAAAUACCCGGCCAUCCAGAAGAAGUACGAAUAUCUGGAUCAUACGGCUGAUGUGCAGUUGCAUGCCUGGGGUGAUACCUUGGAAGAGGCGUUUGAACAAUGUGCUAUGGCCAUGUUUGGAUAUAUGACAGACACGGAGACCGUUGAACCUCUUGACACAGUAGAAGUGGAAGCGGAAGGACAUGACAUGCUCUCUCUUCUCUUUCAUUUCCUUGAUGAGUGGCUCUAUAAAUUCAGCGCUGAGGAGUUUUUCAUACCCAGAGAAGUGAAAGUGCUUCACAUCGACCCAAUACAUUUCAGGAUACGAUCUAUUGGGUGGGGAGAAGAGUUCUCUUUGCAGAAGCAUCCGCAGGGGACAGAAGUCAAAGCAAUCACGUAUUCAGCCAUGCAGGUCCUGGAAGAAGGAAAACCAGAAGUUUUUGUCAUAAUCGAUAUUUAAAGAAAGGUCAUUCUGCUGGAUGGUUCCUCUGGAUCCAGCCCUUGGAGCAACGGGAAUUGUUUUCAAGAGAAGCACAGAAGCCAGUCAGUCCAGAAACCCGAAAGCCAGGAGAAAGAAGCUCUAGGUGCAGAUUCAGGCAGCAG